GCGGGCUUGCGUGGGCGAGCCUCGCGCGCGCGCGCGGGAAGGCGAGCGCGAAGAAAGAAAGAUUUGGAUUUGUGACGGGAUGUAGGCCGCGGCUACGUCCGGCUGUUCCAAACUCGUAUUUUGGAAACUGUUUGGGGAUAUGUUGUGUGGAGUUGAAGAGGGAAGAGUUGGUGGGAAGCAGAGGGGCGGCUGCAGGGGCGGAGGCGAUAUGGGAGGUGAUAAAGGGGUUGGAAAAAGGGGUUUUUGAAGGGGCGGAGGGGUGGGUGAGGGUGGUGAGGGAGUAUGCGGCGAGGAGGGCGUUGACAGUGGCGGGGUCGCCGAAGUUGGGAGUAUAUGUGGUGGAUUUCGGGUGGGGGAAGCCGAGGAAGGUGGAGUUGGUGUCGGUGGAGAGGACGGGGGCGAUAUCGUUGGCGGAGAGUAGGGAAGUGGAGGGUGGAAUUGAGCUGGGGAUUGCGUUGCCGGCGAAUGAGAUGGAGGAGUUUGUUGCUUGUUUUGUCGCUGAGGUUGCGGUGGGUAAGUGAGGUUUCAGCCGGCG